UUAUCUACACUUUAAGUUCUUUAACCAAUAUUCAAGCGGUCAUGUCAGACAAAUUCAUCGUCGCGAGAUUCAUCAUUUCUUUCUAGACUUCAUUUAGUUUCCAAAGAAUAAUCCUAAUCGCAGCGUGGUUAAUUAAACCUUUUCAUCUUGGAUCAAAUAUUCAGUUUCCCUUACUACUUUUCAAGAUUUCGACAUCUUAAAUCAAAAUUAGGGAUUUCUAUCUCAAUCUUUUUCAGAAUCACAAUCUUUCUAGGGUUUUGGAAAUAUUCUUUGCGUACUAUUACAUCUAUCAACAAAUGAUAACGCACUAAAGAAAUUUAAAAUCGAUUGAAGAGAGAUUUUGAUCACUAAAGUUCAAAUGGUUAGUAAUCAAGAAGAAACUAAAGGUAAUUUUAAUAUUGAACUUUCAAUGUUUGGAUUGAAUCGAAAAGAUGGAGAUGAAAUUGAUACAGUAGAAGAAGAAGUUCCAAAACAUCUUAAUACUAUCAAUAGUUCUGGUGGAUUUCUCGUGGUUUCUUCAGACAAAUUAUCUGUUCAGUAUACAAAUGUUAGUUUACAUGGACAUGAUGUUGGAGUAAUACAAGGGAAUUGUCCUGCUCCGUCCAAAAUACUGGUUUAUUAUUUUGAAAUCUAUGUAAAGAAUUCAGGAACAAAAGGGCAAAUCGCUAUUGGUUUCAGUAGCGAAAAUUUCAAGAUGAGACGACAACCUGGUUGGGAAGCAAACAGUUUUGGAUAUCAUGGUGAUGAUGGGCUGCUUUACCGAGGACAUGGAAAGGGUGAAAGCUUUGGUCCGACUUUCACAGCUGGUGAUACAGUCGGUGGUGGUAUUAACUAUGCGUCACAAGAAUUAUUUUUCACUAAAAAUGGCGAGCUAAUCGGAACAGUUUACAAGGAUGUGAAGGGCCCCUUAUAUCCCACUAUUGCUGUUCACAGUCAAAAUGAGGAGGUGAAUGUAAACUUCGGACAGAAGCCAUACGUUUUUGAUUUGAAGGCAUUUACUUUGGAAGAAAGAUUGAAGCAACAGAUGACAAUUGAAAGAAUAUCAUUGCCACAUAAUGUUAGUCAUGGAAUUAUUCGUUCCUACUUGAUACAUUAUGGAUAUCAAGAGACUCUAAAUUCACUGGACUUGUCAAGUAGAAGUACCCUUUCGCCUGUCCCUGUAGCUCAAGAAAAUGGCUCCACCGAACAAGAAGACGGGUAUGCAUUAGGCCACAGAAGGACUCUGCGGCAGCUCAUUAGAAGUGGAGAUAUUGAUGCCGCAUUUGAGAAACUUCGGGAAUGGUAUCCACAGAUAGUGGAGGAUGAGAAUUCAACUAUCUGCUUUCUUCUUCACUGUCAGAAGUUUAUCGAACUUGUUCAGGUUGGAGACCUUGAGGGUGCUGUUAAGUUUGCAAGGGCUGAACUUGCAAAGUUCUUUGAGAAUGCUUCAUUGGUGGUUAUACUCAAGACUUGUGUUGCUUUGAUAGCAUACGAAGAACCGCUGAAAUCCCCUGUAGGCUAUUUACUGGGCAUGUCUCAGCGUGAAGUAGUAGCAGAUGCAGUUAACGCAAUGAUCCUGACUACAAAUCCAGAGGCGAAAGAUGCACAUAGUUGUCCGCGCUCACAUCUUGAAAAGUUGUUACGGCAAUUGAGUGCUUGUUGUUUGGAGAGAAGACAUUUGAAUGGAGGCCAAGGAGAAGCAUUCCAUCUGCAGAGAGUUUUAGAGAAUGUUAAAGGAGGGUAAAUACGGGAAACAUCUAAAACAGCGAUGUGCAGAAUAGCUUGGAUUGAAUUUUGGCGGUAGACAAAGAAUGUCUUGGAUUGAAUUUUGAUAUUUGUAUUUGAACUGCCGCUUCGCCCCAAUUGCCCCUUCGGUAACUGUAAUAUAAACUUCAUAUUGAUUUUCCAUUAGUUUUCAAAACUGAAUCGAAGCCAAGUUGCACUCUUUAUUCACGCGUGGAUUGUUGUUCUUUCUGUUAUGUCCAUUAUACACGUGUCAGUUGGUUAGUUGGUCUAUUAUCGGUUGUAUUGGCUAUAUCCUAUUAUAGGGAUAUCACAUUUCAAUAGAGGGGUUUCACAUGUAAGACAAAAGAGGGUCACAAGUUAAUAAAUUCAAAAACAGCCCUUAGAUAAUUA